AUGAGUACCACUCAAGUGACCCGAGAUGCGUUAGAAUACUUGGUGUUUAAAAGAGAUAACAUGGAAAGUCGUGGUCAAUGGGAAUUUAGGGUGCAUUUAACAGAGCGAUUGUGUGACUGUGGAGAAUUUCAAAAGUUACAUUAUCCAUGUUGUCAUGCACUCGCUGCGUGCUCUGACGCUCGAAGGGAUUGGACCUCUUUUGUUCACGAUGUUUACACCAUGAAGUCUGUGUUCAAUGUGUACAAAGCACAAUUCUCUUCAAUUCCUAAUGAAGAUAUGUGGUCACCAUACAUUGGCCUUCCUAUACGACCAAAUCCUACACUUAAGCGAAGUCUUGAGGGUCGGUCGGUUUCAACGAGGUUUCACAAUAAAAUGGAUGAAAAUGAUUUGAGACAAGGAAAACGAUGUGGAUUGUGUAGAGGUAACGGUCACACUAAACGGACAUGCCCACAUGCUCCAUCCUUUAGCCAAAAUAAUUGA